AUGACAACCUCAAAGACUGCACUACGCGGCCGUCAUGGUAAACAAACAAAGAAAGAUGAGAAGGGCAUAGAUCGUUUUAUCGAUUUAGCACAAGCAGCACUAGAAGAAGCAGACAUUGAAGAAGAAAGAAAAGGCGUCAUUCAUGAAGUGGUGGAAGCACUCAUUGCCAAAUCAGGAGCACCACUUGUCAAAGAAGUGAUAUCAGAACAAUUGCAUAGUCAGGAUGUGAUUGAACGAAUAGCUGAGAAUCACGAAGAGAACCAACAUUCCACAGAGUCCUUAAAGGCACCUGAUGAUGAGAUCUUGGAGAUACAAGAAAGUAUGCGCACAUAUGAUACACCUGAGCUAUUAGCAUUGUUUUCUGAAUAUUUAUGGCGACUUUUUCGCGUUUUAUUAUUAGCAAGUCUUGUUGGACUUGUUUGCCAUUUCUUGAAUGUAUAA